CGCUGCUGCUGCCGUUGCUGCCUUCAAUACACACACAACAAUCCCGCUGGGGAAGAAGAAACUGCGCGGCGAGCAAGCAGGGAAAAUGCAAACAUCAACUUAAUUCAUCUGCGCCGAUUGUUUGAAGACAGCGAGGGAGGAGCCCUUCCGAAGUGGGAUUUAUUCUGUCGCGCAUGUGAAGAGGAAAAACAAACGGGCGAAGAGAGAAAACUUCCAGAAUUGACCGGGGCUCGGUCUGCCUGUCUGAUGUGACACUCAGCUUGACAGCCCGGUGAAUCGAGUUUGCCAAGAAGUGCUCUCUCAUAUUUCAGCUGUCUGUCAGUUGCAAGGAGCUGGUGCACGGGGAGUGAACUCUGUGGACUGCGAGUCAUCUGUGGACUUUUGACUGCGUCUUUAUAAACAUUAUUUCCCCUCUUAAUCCACUGUCAGUAAAAGCGACACAUUGACAGGGAGUUGUUCCUCAAGAUCCGCGGAAAUGGGGGAACAGCCGAUCUACACCACCAGGGCCCAUGUCUUCCAGAUCGACCCAACUACCAAGAAGAACUGGGUUCCUGCCAGCAAGCAGGCCGUCACUGUCUCCUAUUUUUAUGACAGCACACGCAACAGCUAUCGCAUUAUCAGCGUGGAUGGAUCCAAGGUGAUCAUCAACAGCACCAUCACACCCAACAUGACGUUCACCAAGACAUCGCAGAAGUUUGGUCAGUGGGCAGACAGCAGGGCCAACACUGUGUUUGGACUGGGCUUCGCUUCAGAGCAGCAACUGUCUAAGUUUGCUGAGAAGUUCCAGGAGGUGAAGGAAGCUGCCAAGCUAGCGAGGGACAAAUCUCAGGAGAAGGUGGAGACACUGAGUAAUCACUCCCAGGAGUCUGGACGUGACACGCCCUCCACCAAUCAGGCAUCCAGCAUUAAUGGCACAGACGAUGAGAAAAUCUCGCACGUCGGUCCAGAGGAUGUUCAGCUGCAGACCGAGAACGAACAGCUCAAAAGUGCAGUAGAACUGAGCAACACCAACGCCAAAAAGUGGGAAACGGAGCUGCAGACUUUAAGAGAAAAUAAUGCCAGGCUGGUGGACGCACUCCAGGAGUCUUCAUCUAAUGUAGAGAGCUGGAAGAAACAACUCGGUGUCUGCAAGGCAGAAAGUGACACACUCAGGGAAAAGAUUGCAGAACUAGAAUCAGAGUGCAAUGAAGUUGAACAGGACAAGAAGAAAAACGCCCAACUGAGUGUGCGAGUGCGGGAGCUGGAGGCUGAAUUGCACGACAAAGAGCAGGAGCUGGAGAACUUGAGGAAGCAGGCGGAGAUAAUCCCUCAGCUGAUGGCAGAAUGUGAGAGCAUCACAACAAAACUGCAGACUGCAGAGACGAAGAACAAAGACCUGGAGGGCAGGCUCGGCGUCCUUCAGCUGGACCUGGACGACAGUCGACAGAAGCAGGGUAACAUGAAGGGCGAGCUGAAGCGGUUCAUGGAAGCCCUGGAGGGAAAGAUCGACGAGCUCCAAGAGGUCAGGCAGGGUCUCUCGAAGCUGGGCGUCGAUAACUGAGGAGAAAGUGGCACAGAGCUGACAGGGGUCAGAGGUCGGGUACGAGAGCUUCACUACAGUGCGUCUUCAGGGCAGAAAACUAUGUGGCACCUUCCCUUCUCUCCCCCCCCCCUCCUCCCCCCCACCCGCUCUCAAAGUUGACGUCCACUCAGAAAACUUUGACUUCUAAUAAACACUAACGUGUGAGAAAGUUGGAGAAAGAGGGGAAAAGUGGCGACAUCCACCCGACGGUUCCACUUUGUGUGCUGGUGUAGAAACUAAAUCAAGAGUGACACUCUGAGCUUACUUAUCCGUGUUACUUAGCUGGUGGAGGGUUCUUAGAUUCUGUCCAUCUGUCUCGUUUCUUCUGAAGGCUGCAGCGUUUGAACUCGGAGGGAAGGGAAUGAAAAAAGGGCUAAAAUGAACAACACACAAAGCAUCACUCACAGUAAUAAUUAGUGUUAAUUCUUCUGGUGACCCCGCCCCCUCCUGCCUGCCCUCGCUGCUGUCGCCUCUCGUCUAAUCUCAGGUGUGUUCAAAGAGAAUUUGUACUCAUUCGAUUCUUAUGCACAUACACGACAACGGCCAUGACACAAAGUGCCUCCAGGGGAGUCGACGUCCACCUGGCGAGGAGAACUGGCCAAGUGAUGACCAUCACCAUAACAACAACAACAAUAACAACAACAAUAAUGAUAAUGGGGAGGAAAACCGAAUGAAAUCUAAAUUUCCUGACGAAUAAAAUGUGUUUGAAAAGAAAAGGCAGGUCUGACGAUGGGAUGUGAACGUCGUUAACGGAGGACGUGAUGAAGUGAAAUGAAAGGAGAAAACAAAAGUGUGUCCAGAGAAGGAAAAACCAAAGGAGCAGAGCAGGAAUCCAACACCUCUCCGACAUUAGAUUUGCAUGAAGAAGGAAACUCUCUUCUCUCAGGAGCUUUCUUUCAAAAACAUCCACAAAAUAAUUAACAACAAUAAUGAUGUGUUGCCAUGAGUUGUAGUGAACUGUGUGUGUGUGUGUGUGUGUUUGAAGGACUUUUUCCUCUGUGUGUGUGUGUGUGUGUGCGCAAUAGUAACGUUGUCCAUUUGUGGAACAAAGAUGUUUGUUGCGAGUUUUGUUGAAGAGCGUCUUUCACUCCGGUGGUGGUUGUUUUUGAGGGUGAGGGGACGUUAAAGCUGCUCGACCGGGUGAAUUAUUAUGAUGAUGAUGUGACUGUGAACUUUUCACCACAAUCCUGUCAUUUAUUUAUUUUUGUUGGUGCCUCUCUGCUUCUGUGUUACCUUUUCCUUCACCCUAAUUUAAUCUCAAUCUCAAAGUGUACACAAUAUUCUAAUAAAAGUGUCGACAGUCA